AUGCCGAGCAGCAGCAGCCGGGGCCCCGGCGAUCAUCAUCAACUCGCGCCCCCUUCGUCCUCGCUCCUCUCGCGCGUCUCAUCAUGCGACGCGCUGUCCAACCUCCGCGGCGCCGCGCUCGGCCACGCGUUCAUCCUCGCCGUGUGCGUCAUCUGGGUCGGCGGCUCGUUCCUCGUGUCCUCCCUGGAAGCGCGCGGCCUGUCGCCGCUUCUCAUCACGUACGUCUGCAACGCGCUGUUCGUGUGUCUGCUGCCGGCGUACUACGCGACGGGGCGGGCGGGAUGGAGCGGCGGGGGGGGAGAGACACGAGGGAGAGGAACCAGAGGGAGAGGCGACGGCGGCGGGAAGGCACGCGCGCAGGGGGGGUACCGAGGCGGCGGCGAGCUCGCGUGGAGUCGCGUCGAGGACGCGUACGAGGACGAGGGCGACGACGGAGGGGACGACGCGAACGGCGCCGGGGACGAGUCGACGACGGGCGGGAUCGACGCGGCGCGCAUCGCCGCGGAGGUGGCGACGGCGAAGGCGGCGUGCGCGAUCGCGCCGCUCUACUUCCUCGCGCAGCUGUGCUUCAACUACUCGCUCCUGUACACGUCCGUGACGAACAACAGCAUACUGAGCACGUCGAGCUCGGUGUUCACGUUCGCGCUGUCCGCGUGGAUCAGCGACCACGUCAACUGGCAACGCUGCGUCGCCGUGCUCGUGUACGUCGCCGGGUCCGUCUUAGUCACGACCGCGGACUCGCGCUCGCCCAAGUCGACGCACCGGGGGACGUCGAGCGGCGACGACGUCGCGGGGGGUUCGGACCCGCCGCUGGGUAACUUUCUGUGCGUGCUCUCGGCGGCGAUGUACGCGCUCUACACCGCGGGGAUUCGGUACUCGCUCCCCGACGACGAGGACGUCUCCAUGCUCUUCUUCUUGGGCGUCGUCGGCGCGUUCAACGCGAUCGCGUUCGGGUUCGUCGUCUUCCUGUGCCGCGCGUUCGGCGGGCUCGAGGCGCUGUUCGAGAACGUCACCUCCGCCGCGCUCGCGGUGGUGCUCUUGAAAGGGUUGAUCGAUAACGUGUUGUCUGACUACCUGUGGGCGCGCGCGGUGCUGCUGACGUCGCCGACGAUCGCGUCCGUCGGGCUCUCGAUGCAGAUACCGAUGGCGGCGGGCGCGGAGGUGGCGUUGGGGAGAGCUCGGUGGACGCGGAGCGGCGCGAGCGCGGGGAUGAUGCUCGGCGGGUGCGCGCUCGUCGUGUCGGGGUUCUUGGGGGUGGUGUUCAAGUGA